AUGUCCAUCCGCAUAGCUCUCGACAAGCAGCCCGAAUUCUACACCAAUCUCGACCAUGUGACAGGACGCAUAAUACUAGGGCUUAAUCGCCCAGAGCAAGUCGGCAGCAUUGUUGUCAAGCUAGAAGGCGAGUCGGUUACCGCUUUGCAGGUUCCAAAUCCAUACGAAGACAACGGUCCUCGACCUCCCGGCCCGCUGCCAGGUCCGCCUGGCAGCAUCGUGAGCGAAAAUCAUAAAAUCCUAUACAAGGUGCAGCAGGUUUUCCCCGACGAAUAUCAUUCGAGCUCUUCGAAUCCAUACGGCGCCUUUCCACUGCAACCGGGAGAACACGAGUUCCCCUUCAAGUUCAAACUACCCAUCAACAAUGCGUGCAGCGACCCAAUGGCCAUGUCCAAGAUUGGCGGCCUCGCGGGAGUAGGCGGCUUCGGAUCUGGAGGUGGUCUCUUCGGCAUGGGUGGAGUUCGAUUCAUGGAUGGCACGAAACAGUUGCACCUCCAACAUGUUACACGAACUCUUCCUCCCUCUCUGACAGGGUACCCCAUGGAAGCGGAGAUUCGCUAUUACAUUAAAGUCACAAUCCAACGACCGGGGUUUCUGAAAGAGAAUUGGAGAUACCAAAUUGGAUACAAAUUCCUUCCCAUCGAGCCUCCAAGGCCAUCGUCCACAGGACAAGAGGCGUUUGCCCGGCGACCAUUCACGUUUCGACCGCGAUCACCAGUCCCCCAGAAUAAAAAGAAGAAUCCCUUCUUCUCAUCAAAGAAAGGGGACAAGGAUGAAACCUCGGGUAUGGAUGGCACGGGCGCCGACUCGCCAGAGGUAGCCCCAGCGCCGUCAAUUGAGAUGUCGGCCCGCCUGCCUCAUCCUUCGAUAUUUACCUGCAACCAACCAGUUCCUCUGCGGCUAAUUGCAAAAAAGCUGGUCAAUAGUCCAGAGCAAGUCCACCUGGUUUCGUUUCAGAUGGAUCUCAUCGGUAUUACCGAAGUGAGAGCGUACAACAUCUACAACAAGAAGGUCAAUCGCUGGGUAGUCGUAUCCACCAACGACCUAAACAUACCCUUGACAUCCGGACCAGACGCAGAAGUUGGAUCAGAGGUCGCAGUGCCCGAUACUUUGUGGAAAGACAAGACAUUGCCCAAUACUGUUGCGCCGUCGUUUGUCACCUGCAACCUGUCGCGAAGAUACGAGGUGGAAAUAAAGCUAGGACUAUGCUGGGGCAAGCCGAAAUCCGGGUUCAUUAGCAACCACCCUCAAACAAUCUUCCUUCCGUUGCAUUUCGGCACGGUAGAGGUCUUCUCAGGCAUCACGCCACCACCCGAGCUCGUCGAGGCAGCUAGAAAUACCCGGCCUGGUAGGGCAACGCUGAGUAUUCCACCAAGGCUGCCACCACGACCGAGCCAUUCAGCACCAAGCACACCGGUUUCAGCACAACAAAACCAGAGCUUGAAUUCCAAUUCAAGCCAAGCACAGGCGCAACCACCGCCCAUGCCACAGAGACCACCACAAGAUCCAUUGUAUCCUCCUCAAUUACUACCCGGACAGACGGUACCACCGUACGACGACGCGCCACCGAGCUACGACGAAGCCAUUGCCGAGAACUUGUCAGGUCCGUUUGACGGGAUGCAAUCCCGACCAGCAUACAGCGGUGUUACAAACGAGAAUGCGCCAAGUCAAAUGCCUGCGGAGAAGAGAUAA